GGCAGGCACAAGAAGCAACGGGGAUGGCAGAUUCUAGAGCAACCCACCAGAGCACAAUCUCGUUGUCUCGGCCUUCGGUCAACACGUGUGGAACCGGAUUACAAUAAACUCAGGCUGGACUUCAAACGACUAGCUGUGAAGGAACUGGAUUGUCACCUCUGCGAUCGAUCAAUUUAUCUUACAAUCUUAUCCUGACAUCUAUCAUGAGCCCCUAUGCAUCUGCAAAACCAGAGUCCGCCUCGGGCAACCCACAAUCGCACGAGCCACUGUCCUCCUCAAGCAACGAUCAAGCCCAUGAGCCGCUGUUAAUCACUAAUGCGCCGGCGGACUCACCUAGUCAAGAGACCCAAGGCCAAUCCAUAGCUGUUGGCAGCGAAGGCGUACAACUAGAUCAUCUAGGCCCGAUGGUGAUCAAUAGUGAUGGAACGAUUUCUCGGAUCAGUAAUUGGGAUAAACUCACCGAGCCAGAAAAAAGUCGGACCGUCAGACUGGUCACUCAGAGGAAUGCCCUUCGAGUUCAAAAGCUGAAAGACAUGCCCCCCAAAACGGAUGAACAGCCCCUCCCACCAAACGAAGAUCCAAAUCAACCCGCACACGGUGAACUCUAAUGUCGAAGCUUAACCAGUCAAUGAGAUUGAAUCAAAGUGAAAGAAAGCUUGCUCAGGCAGACUACACCUGCUGAAACAGCUAGGUCAUCCCAGAAGAGGGGGUUUUUCUGCACAAAUAGCUGGGGUUUUUCUCGCUGGUUUCACCCUUGCCUUCAACCUUUUUUUACUUGUAACUUACAUAAGCUGCUCACUUUGUUACCCAGAUGUGAAAUAGAAUAAGUCUUUAAUAAAAUAGGUUUGCACCUGG